UUUGAUGUUUUCCACAUUCACCAACUUUGGGCAGUUCUGGACAAAAAACUAAUGCAGAUAGAAUCCUAAUACUUUGGGAAAAUAAUGUAUAGAUAGUUGCCACGGAAAUACCAAUGUGCGUCGUGACGAUGAAAUAAAACCUUACUUUUCUGAAGAAGGUUAUUUAGUCUAUUGUAAUAACGUUCCUGUUGUGAUGAAUUUAUUAAAUUUCGAAUAUGAUCCAAGUCACUGUCGACUGUUUAUUGACUCUUCAAAAGCUAGUUUGAAAGCAGUGUUACUGCAUAAUGGAAACAAACUUCCUUCGGUGCCGAUUGCUCAUGGUUCUAAUAUGAAAGAGACUUACGAAAAUAUGAGAUUUAUACUUGAAAAAAUUGACAGUAAACAAGCUCGGAAAAUUUGUGGUGAUUUUAAAGUCAUUGCACUUUUACUAGGACUACAGCUUAGUUAUACGAAAUUUUGCUGUUUUAUUUGUGAAUGGGACAGUAGAGACAGAAAAAGACACUAUACAAAGAAAGUGUAGCCCAAGCGUGAAUCACUAACUCCAGGUCAUAAAAAUAUUAAAAAUUAUCUUCUAGUGAACGCUGAUGACAUACUUUUACCACCGUUGCACAUAAAGCUUGGCCUGAUAAAAAAUUUUGUAAAAGCUAUGCCUAAAGAUGGAGAUGGAUUUUUAUAUCUAAAAGAGAAAUUCCCUAAACUCAGCGAGCCGAAAAUCAAAGAGGGAAUAUUUGUAGGCCCAGAAAUACAGCAAUUGAUGAAGGAUAAGAGCUUCGAAAAAAAACUGAAUGAUCAGGAAGAACUCGCCUGGAAAUGUUUAGUGAAUGUUGUUCAAAAUUUUCUAGCUUUGGGGUGUAAUAUGUCCUUAAAAAUACAUAUGCUGGACUCUCAUCUGGAUUUCUUUCCGACAAAUUUGGGUGCUGUGAGUGACGAACAAGGUGAGAGGUUCCAUCAAGACAUUUCCUUAAUGGAGAAGCGUUAUCAAGGGAAAUGGAGUCCAGGAAUGCUAGAAGACUAUUGUUGGAGACUUAGAAGGGAGACUUAAGUAUCUAUUAGAUACUAGGAAAUAAUUCUGAAAAUGGAAUUAACUCGUGAACAUUUUCGUGCGAUCAUUUUUCACAACUUUCGACGUGGAUUAUCACGACAAGAGUGCAUCGAUGAACUAAAAUCUUUGUAUGGCUAUGAAGCACCAUCCUAUAGCACUGUGAAAAACUGGUACAACGAAUUCAAUCGUGGCCGACGCUCGCUCAAAGACGAAUUCCGUGAAGGUCGUCCAAAAACAACCGUUGUGCCAGAAAACAUCGAUGCCGUACGUGAACUGAUAAUGCAAGACCGUCAUGCAACAUACCUUCAGGUAGAGGCAUGUCUAUGCAUUUCUCCCACCAGCAUACAUUCGAUAUUGCAUGAACACCUGUUUCGUUCUCGUUGGAUCCCGCACAAUUUGACAAUCGCUCAAAAAAAGGAACGUGUGGAUUGGUGUAAAGAAAUGCUCAAAAGACGUUUAUAAGAUCGUCACAGGACGAAUCAUGGAUCUAUGCGUAUGAGGCCGAAACAAAAUAGCAAUCGACAAAAAAAAAAAAUAAAAAAAAAAAAAAAAAAAAAAAAAAAAUCAUUUUCGUUGAUAAAUAUGCCUAUUUACAUUAUUAGGCCAGAAAUAUAUAUAGCAACCUACGUAUAUAGUAUCAGAGAACCCUUUUGAAGUUGCAAAUUUGCGGUAAUGACUUUCAGCGAUAAUAAAAAAGGGAAAAAUGCAAAGAAUCAUUAUAUUAAUCAAAUUUAUAGUUCGUGCUUACGAGGGAUGGCCUUAGCAUUAAAAGAUAGAAAGGUUUGUCAGCCGCUAACCUACUUUUCUGCUCAUUCUCCAUCACUUUCUAUAUUAAUGCAAAGUAAAACAACGGUGUUGCGGAUUUGGACAAUCAGCAUACUCUUUGCUGUCAUUUGUCCUUUACAUAUAGUUCAUUGCACCGAUCCCAAAUUUGAUUCAUCGACAAGAAUGCGACUUAUUUUAGUACCGGCGGAUGCGCAAGUUGGAACUGUGAUUUAUCGAAUACGUGCCACGGACGAAGAGUUUGACUAUCCACUUACCUUUGAACUUAUAAGCGAUUCUGCAUCAGCUACUGUUAAAAUUGAUUCGCUUCCAUGCACCAAAUACAAUUCCGUUUGCCAAGCAAAUGUUGUGUUACAGCGACGUUUGGAACCGGGGCGCUACUAUGACUUCCAGGUAUCUGUAAAGGACACAAAAGGAGGAAUGGCUAGCCAAUUGUGUUCUAUUACUGCUACUAAUUUCACAACACCACAUGACCUCAUAUUUCCGCACAAGCCGGGGAUAAUAAUGAUUCCAGAGGAUGCAAAGCGUGGAACAGAAUUGGAUUAUGUAAUUGCUCGCAAAAAUCCGCUUUUUCAAAAACCAGUUUACCUUGAGUUAUGGGGCUCUCAACUUUUUGCCAUAAGACAAAAGAUUGUUUCAGCAGAAACUACAGAAGGUACAGUGUUUUUGCUAGGACCACUUGACUUCGAAAAACAAGCUAUGUACCAUUUAACCAUAUUGGCUAAUGAUGCUUACGCUGAACCCGGCCAAGACAACCGCAACAUUGCUGGACUCGAACUAGUAGUGAUUGUUCAAGACGUACAAGAUCAGCCACCUGUAUUUACAUCAGCAUCACCUGUUACUAAGCUAACAGCUGGUAUUAUUCCAGGCGAUAAGAUUCUCCAAGUACAUGCCGAAGAUGGUGACAAAGGAAGACCUCGUGAAGUUCGAUACGGUCUUGUUUCCGAAGGAAAUCCCUUUACUUCUUUUUUUGAUAUAAACGAUACAAGUGGCGAAAUAUUUUUGAUGCGGCCACUGGAGGAAAUCGCAGCUAUCACUCACGUUGGAGAUCCUGUUUUACUCACCGUGAUUGCUGAAGAAGUUAAAGUUGGACGUGAUGAGCCCCCAGCUAUGGCUUCAACAGUACAAUUGGCUUUGUUUUUACCAGAACGGACUAAUUCUGCACCUUAUUUCGAGAAUGAUCACUACGUUUCAAGAAUUGAUGAAAAUGCCCCGCAAGGUACUGCCCUUACAUUUGCCGACCCAUAUGUUUCACGUGUUUAUGACGAUGAUAUCGGUAAAAAUGGCGUGUUUUCAUUGACUUUACUCAAUAAUAACGGAACUUUUGAAAUUUCCCCUAAUGUUGCUGAACGGAGCACUUCAUUUCUCAUACACGUACGAGAUAAUAUUCUCUUAGACUAUGAAGAACGUCAUUUUGUGCAAUUUCAAAUAUUAGCUCAAGAAUUGGGACCAUCUACAAAUCUUUCAACUACUGUCAAUGUCAAUGUAUAUAUAAAUGAUGUUAACGAUAACCCACCCAUAUUUGAGCAAUCUAUGUACACUGUUGAACUGCCAGAAAAUAUGACUGCCGGAACAAAAGUUAUACAAGUUAAAGCCACCGAUAUAGACACGGCUGAUUUAAGUGGACUUGUACGAUACACAGCUAUUUUGGGCUAUUUAAACACGUCAUUAAAUUUAAACGCGGAAUCAGGACUUAUUACAGUUUCCACUAAUAAUCACGGGUUUGAUCGUGAAGUAAUGCCCGAAUAUCAUUUAUACGUAGAAGCACGGGACAAUGAUGGUACAGGUAAUCGUGCCCAAGUGCCAUUGAUUAUAAAAAUUAUAGAUAUCAAUGAUGAAAGUCCAAUUUUCGAAAAAGAGUUGUACGAAUUUAUACUAUCUCCAGACUUGAAAUCCUUCACCUCUGUAGCCAUUAUUCAUGCCAUAGAUAAGGAUGCAACACCACCUAACAAUGAAGUGCGUUAUGAAAUAGUUAAUGGAAACUACGAAAAUAAAUUCACUUUGGAUAAAAAAACUGGCGAGCUAACUGUGAGAGAGAGAAUUACAUUUCCAAUCAAAGCACGAAGAAAGCGUCAAAUACCAUCUCACAUCGAUGAGGAUAUGUUGUUUCUAACAGCGCGAGCAUAUGAUUUAGGAGUACCUGUACGUUUUAGCAUCACAAACAUUCGUAUAUAUCCACCAGAAAGUCGAACACGAACUGUGACUUUUGUAGUUCCAGGUGAAAGUCCUGAUAAAGUUAAAACAGAAGAAACACUUUCUACCAUAACAGGAGGAAAAGUAAUAAUACAUGAUAUUAGACCUUUACAACCAGACGAACCCGGUGCCAAAACAAUUACCGGGGACAACACGGAUACGAUGAGAAGAAGUGUCGUAACAGCUACCGUUCUUUAUGAUAUCAAUUCGGUUGUAGAUAUAUCGCAGAUACAGCAACGUUUAUCGCAACACAAUAGUUCAUAUGCAAUAAUGAAUGGUAGCGACCCAGUAGCAACAGACAUUAUUAUUCCUUUACAGACUCUAUACAAAGCCGAAAAUAAAUUGCUGUUCUGGCUGCUUAUAUUUUUAGCAACUUUAGUCGCGUUAACAAUUCUCAUACUUUUGCUGUGUUGCAUUUGUUCGUGGUGCCCAUUAUAUGGAAUUGCAAGUGAACAUCAUGUGUGUGCUAAAAAUUACGACGAAAUGGAGCGCUGCCAUGUGAUAAUAAGGAAAUUCGCUGAAAUUCCUUCUUUCCCAAAAAUUCCUCUAUCCAUUCAUAUGGAUAUGUUCUUUAUUUAAUUUAAUAAACAAAUAAGUAAUAUUAUAUAGUAAUAUUAUGUAAUAAUAUUUUAUAAUCAUAUUAUAUAUGUUUAUUGUCA